CCAAGGAUGCAGCGAGACAAAACCGGAAGCUCCGGCGGAGCCGAUAAGUCGGACAGGGAGACCGCCACCAUGUCUAAAUAUUAUGAUGGCGUUGAGUUCCCUUUCUGCGACGAAUUCUCCAAAUAUGAAAAAUUGGCUAAGAUCGGACAGGGUACCUUUGGGGAGGUGUUCAAAGCCAAACACCGGCAGACAGGGAAGAAAGUGGCAUUGAAGAAAGUUUUGAUGGAGAAUGAGAAAGAGGGGUUUCCCAUCACUGCGCUGCGAGAGAUAAAGAUUCUUCAAUUGCUCAAACAUGAGAACGUCGUCAAUCUCAUUGAGAUAUGCCGAACAAAAGCCACACAGUUUAACCGCUACAAAGGCAGCAUCUAUCUGGUGUUUGAUUUCUGUGAACAUGAUCUGGCUGGACUCCUGAGCAAUGCCAAUGUGAAAUUCACUCUGUCUGAGAUUAAGAAGGUCAUGCAGAUGUUACUGAAUGGGCUGUACUACAUUCACAGAAAUAAGAUUCUUCACCGAGAUAUGAAAGCUGCCAAUGUCCUGAUAACUCGAGACGGAGUUUUGAAACUGGCCGAUUUUGGACUAGCCCGAGCGUUCAGUUUAGCUAAAAACAGCCAGGGGAAUCGCUAUACCAACCGCGUCGUCACACUGUGGUACCGACCACCUGAGCUACUGCUGGGUGAGAGAGAUUACGGUCCACCCAUAGACCUGUGGGGAGCUGGUUGUAUUAUGGCUGAGAUGUGGACCAGGAGUCCUAUCAUGCAAGGAAACACAGAACAACAUCAGCUCACCCUCAUCAGCCAGCUGUGUGGAUCCAUCACUCCUGAGGUAUGGCCCGGUGUGGAUAAGAAAUACGAGCUCUACCAGAAGAUGGAGUUACCGAAAGGCCAGAAGAGGAAAGUGAAAGACAGACUGAAGGCGUAUGUUAAAGACCCUUAUGCCCUGGAUCUGAUCGAUAAACUCCUGGUUCUGGACCCGGCCCAGCGAACGGACAGUGACGAUGCUCUCAAUCACGACUUCUUCUGGUGUGACCCCAUGCCCUCUGACCUCAAAAACAUGCUCUCCACCCAUAACACCUCCAUGUUUGAGUACCUCGCUCCACCCCGCAGGAGGGGUCACAUGCCCCAGCAGCCAGCCAAUCAAAACAGAAACCCUGCCACCACCAGCCAGACUGAAUUUGACCGGGUUUUCUGAUUUGAAGGCUUUGUUUUUGACAGACUGUUAUUGAACAGAUGACUAGCACAUACAGACCUCUGAUUGGCUCAGGUGAAGACAUUCAAAUUUCGGAUGUUCGCCUCGGCUGGGGACCGUUUUGGACAAUUUAAAAAAAAAAAAGUGUUCUCAUAGUUUUACUAUUGUUUUCUCUGGGUAUUUGCGUUUCAGACCUGCGCGUGCAGUCGUUCACAGGUCCGGCAGAGAAGUAAAUAGUUUCACAGUUUAGUAGCUCAGAGCAAAUGGAUGCAUAUGUGUGAAAAGCAGAGAAGAAAAAAAUACUUGUGCUAAUGAUGAUGUAAAGAUGUUUCCAGAAGACAGAAGUGUAGGUAGGAAGUUAAGAGGUAUCAGAAAAUGAUUGUAUAAAUCUUGUAACAAAAACGUUUUGGUUUGAUCCAGAGAACUCUAUCUUUUUCUCGAUC